AUGAAUGCUAGUGGGCAAAAUAUGGCUACUUUUCUUGAAACUGUCAACAAUAAUGAUAAUAGUGACGAUAAUGUUGAAGCAGGUACUCCACUAAACACCACCACCGAAGCAUUCAAAUCUGACUUUGGGACGUUAGAUAUUUCAGACGCAACAAAAAAUGCCAUCAAAGACAUGGGGUUCACGAAAAUGACGGAAGUCCAGGCAAGGACGAUUCCCCCAUUGAUGGCAGGUCGCGAUGUAUUAGGUGCGGCCAAAACUGGUUCCGGAAAGACAUUGGCAUUUCUGAUACCUGCAAUAGAGAUCCUGCACAAACUUAAAUUUAAACCGAGAAACGGUACUGGUGUCAUUAUUAUUUCGCCGACAAGAGAAUUGGCGCUUCAGAUUAUGGGGGUAGCCAAAGAUUUGCUAAAAUAUCAUCAGCAGACUUUUGGUAUUGUGAUGGGUGGUGCAAAUCGACCCGCUGAAGUUCAAAAAUUAGUUAAAGGUGUAAAUCUUUUAAUUGCCACGCCGGGACGACUUUUAGAUCAUCUACAGAAUACAAAAGGCUUCGUGUAUAAGAAUUUGAGAGCACUUGUGAUUGAUGAAGCUGAUCGAAUUUUAGAAAUUGGGUUCGAAGAAGAAAUGAAAAAAAUUAUUGAUAUUCUUCCAAAAGAGGACCGUCAAUCUAUGCUCUUCUCCGCCACACAGACUACCAAAGUUGAAGAUCUUGCCCGAGUUUCGUUGAGGCAAAAUCCAAUAUAUAUUAAUGUUGAUCAACAAAAAGAAACUUCAACAGUGGAAGGCCUUACCCAAGGCUACGUAGUCUGUGAUAGCGAUCAACGAUUCUUAUUGUUGUUCACAUUUUUGAAGAAAAAUUUAAAUAAAAAGCUCAUCGUCUUCUUUUCAAGUUGUAAAUCUGUUCAGUAUUAUGCGGAAUUAUUAAAUUAUAUUGACGUCCCUGUUUUGGAUCUACACGUAAGUUGGAUUCAUUCAUCUUUUUAUGAUUAA